AUGAAGCAGCAGGCGCAAUUCCUUCGAGACCCAGUUCCUUCAGAUUUCUCUCGCUUCACAAUAUACUCUAUCCGCAUCAAAAAGAUCGGAUAUGACCAGGAUACUUGCCCACUUGGUAGCACUCAAAAUUGCAUGCUCGGCUUUGAUAUCUGGGACGCGCUCCUCCUUCAUGGGCCGAAACCCUUACUUCCAUCUAUACGAUCCCUCUUCCAUUCCGAGGAGAAAUUUCGCGCGGAGAGGAAUCACGUCGAAGUCGACUCUUUCGAGGCCUCGCCCCUGCUUUUUGGACCAGAGCUCAGGGAGGUUGACCUGCGAGUUCCAGAGAUCAGGGCAGUGUACCCCGAACACCGUCCCGCCGAGCUCGUCAAGCAGUUAGCUUUGGCAGCGCCGCUCCUCGAACGUCUGACGCUCCAAGCCCACCGACUCUGGCAUCUCCCUGGGACAAAGUCUUCAUGUUUGUCGGGUUCCGGCAUUGGCGAGUUCCGCCGCCUAGUGUACUUCAGCGGACACUCCAUCCACGUCGAUCCGGAGGCGCUUUUGGCUCUAGGAUCCCUGCCGAGUCUACGGGACAUACGGCUGCACGUUGACUCCCAGAAGUAUGCCUGGGACGCGUUACCCCACGAGAGGCACAGCAAAGAGCUGUUCCCUGGCCUCACCAAACUCGACCUAUAUUAUACCGACUUCGACUGGUGUUCUGCAUUCUUACGCGUAGCGACGCCGACGUCGCUCCAAACACUCUGGAUCACUGACGAACGCGCUGUGGUACCCGCCCUCCAGCUCGAGGGACUCUGCGCAUCAAUCGGCGACCUGCCUUGUGCCCAUUCGCUGCGCGAACUCAUUAUCACCACCGGCCGUAACCUCUCAAAUAUGGAGCGCGUGGUCUGCCACCCGCGGCGGAUCGCGCCCUUGCUCGUCCCUAGUUUGAGUGGGCUCCGGCGCAUCAAAUUUCCAAGGAUCAUGGUGCUCGCGCUCGCGCUAGACAUGCGCGUGGUCCCCGAACUCGCUACGCGCCUGCCUUCUGCACCUCGCGCCUGCGAGCUCCACGCGUCGGCCUCACUCAAGCAGCUCUUUGCGGUAGGCUCGGUCCCCCGCGAUCCCCUCCGUUUUGCCGCUUUUCUGUGCGCGACGUUUCCGCAGCUAGAGGCCGUCCAGUGUUACGCGGACCUGCGGGGACAGGUGGAGUGGUAUCACCGGAGGCUCGUGAUUGUGCGGCAGCAGGAAAGGAAGUGGGCGCUCGCGCAUGGGAGAAAUCUCUGA